AUGGCUCCCCCAACAGCAACAGAGACUGUUACCAACAUUGCCGUGCAGGCUCCGCAGUCGAGCCAAGCGGCAGGCGCCGAAAAGGCCAAAGUCAAGAUGCAGAUGCCAAGCAUGCCCAAGUUUGAAGAUAAGAUGCAGGAGCGAGAGUAUCUCAAAGGCCGCCUGGCUGCUGCGUUCCGGAUUUUCGGAAAGAAUGGAUACGAUGAGGGUGUUGCUGGUCACAUCACCCUUCGCGACCCCGUGGAUCCAUCGACUUUCUGGGUGAAUCCCUUCGGUACUGCUUUCUCUUUGAUCAAGGCGUCGGAUUUGAUUCAAGUCGACCACUCAGGCAAGGUCAUCGAUGGAGGACCCAACCGCAUGCUCAAUGCCGCGGCAUUCAUGAUUCACUCUGCUAUUCACGCUGCUCGGCCGGAUGUCCUGUGCGCAGCUCAUAGCCACAGUCUCUACGGGCGCGCAUUCUGCUCGCUGGGUCGCCCGCUCGAUAUCAUUUCACAGGAUUCCUGUGCAUUCCAUGAUGACCACGUGGUAUAUAAGCAAUUCAACGGCGUCGUCCUCGCCGAGGAAGAAGGCAGGAACAUUGCGGCAGCCCUCGGUAAUAAGAAAGCUGCACUGCUGCAGAACCACGGCCUCCUCACCGUUGGCAAGAGUAUUGAAGAGACUAUUUUCUGGUUCGUGAGUCUGGAGAAAUGCUGCCAUGCACAACUACUCGCCGAUGCUGCGGCAACCGGUCGAGGUGGUCAAACGGUAAAGAUUGACGAUGCGGAUGCUGCCUUUACAUACAAGACUGUUGGGACGCCGCUAGCUGGAUGGUUCAGCGCGAAGCCGUUGUUUGAUGUCAUCCACAAGGAGAGCAAUGGAGACUAUCUGGAAUAA